UUUUGACUCCCAGAGCUCGUAUUUUCUAAUGUAAUCUAGGGCUUCCGAGCCACAAUGGUGAUUGUUUCCUAAAAUAGUCUUGCGCCUGUCAGUUGAUCAGUCUCCUAAUACGACAGAAAAUUCUGAAGGGCCCUGGACCAUUGAAUACUAAGAGAAGACACACACACACUCAGGAUGGACACUUCCAAGCUUCCUAAGAUCCGUGAUGAAGAGCGGGAAAGCGAGUUUGGAUAUGUGCAUGGAGUUUCUGGUCCAGUGGUGACGGCCACCGCCAUGGCAGGAGCGGCCAUGUACGAGCUGGUGCGUGUGGGUCACAGUGAGCUGGUGGGAGAGAUCAUCAGGCUGGAGGGAGACAUGGCAACCAUUCAGGUCUACGAGGAGACCUCUGGUGUGUCUGUCGGAGACCCUGUCCUUCGGACGGGAAAGCCCCUGUCUGUAGAGUUGGGUCCGGGAAUCAUGGGGUCCAUUUUUGAUGGCAUCCAGCGGCCCCUCAAAGACAUCAAUGACCUCACUCAAAGCAUUUACAUCCCUAGAGGAGUCAACAUUGGAGCCCUCAACCGUGACCUCAAGUGGGAGUUUACACCUGGCCAGAGUCUUAGAACCGGCAGUCACAUAACAGGUGGGGAUAUCUAUGGUACGGUCUUUGAGAACUCGCUGAUCAAACACAAGUUGAUGCUGCCUCCCCGGAGCAGAGGCACUGUCACCUACGUGGCCCCACCUGGAAACUAUGAUGUCAAUGAUGUGGUGCUGGAACUGGAGUUUGAGGGUUUGAAGGAGAAGUUUACCAUGAUCCAGGUCUGGCCAGUGCGACAGAUUCGCCCAGUCACAGAGAAGCUACCUGCCAAUCACCCCCUGCUCACCGGCCAGAGAGUGUUGGAUGCCCUCUUCCCGUGUGUCCAGGGUGGUACUACUGCUAUCCCAGGAGCCUUCGGUUGUGGCAAGACUGUGAUCUCACAGUCCCUGUCCAAGUAUUCCAACAGUGAUGUCAUCAUCUACGUGGGCUGUGGAGAGCGUGGAAAUGAGAUGUCUGAAGUGUUGAGAGAUUUCCCUGAGCUUACAAUGGAAGUGGAUGGAAAGGUUGAAAGUAUCAUGAAGAGAACAGCUCUAGUGGCCAACACUUCCAACAUGCCUGUCGCUGCUAGAGAGGCCUCUAUUUACACAGGAAUUACUCUGUCUGAGUACUUCAGAGACAUGGGCUACAACGUCAGCAUGAUGGCCGACUCCACCUCCCGGUGGGCCGAGGCUCUCAGGGAGAUCUCAGGACGAUUGGCUGAGAUGCCUGCUGACAGCGGGUACCCUGCCUACCUGGGAGCCAGACUGGCCUCCUUCUAUGAGCGUGCUGGCAGGGUUAAGUGCCUGGGCAACCCAGAGAGAGAGGGCAGCGUCAGCAUUGUUGGAGCUGUGUCUCCCCCUGGUGGAGACUUCUCUGAUCCUGUUACUUCAGCUACACUGGGUAUUGUACAGGUGUUCUGGGGCCUGGAUAAGAAGCUGGCUCAGAGAAAGCAUUUUCCCUCGGUCAACUGGCUGAUCAGCUACAGCAAGUACACGCGGGCGCUGGACGAGUACUACGACAAGCACUUCCCUGAGUUUGUGCCGCUUCGCACCAAGACCAAGGAGAUCUUGCAGGAGGAGGAGGAUUUGGCUGAGAUUGUACAGCUUGUAGGCAAGGCAUCUCUCGCUGAGACCGACAAGAUCACAUUGGAGGUUGCUAAACUACUCAAGGAUGACUUCCUGCAGCAGAAUGGCUAUACUCCGUAUGACAGGUUCUGCCCUUUCUACAAAACGGUGGGCAUCCUUUCCAACACAAUUGCGUUCUACGACUUGGCACGCCAUGCAGUGGAGACCACGGCUCAGAGUGACAACAAGAUCACCUGGUCCAUGAUCCGGGAGCACAUGGGAGAGAUCCUCUACAGACUCAGCUCUAUGAAGUUCAAGGAUCCAGUGAAGGAGGGCGAGGCCAAAAUCAAAGCAGACUACUCUCAGCUGCUGGAGGACAUGCAGAAUGCCUUCCGUACCCUGGAGGACUGAGCUCUCCCCUCCCUCCCCUCCUAGCCCCCAGUGCUCUCUGGCCCCUGUUUGUGAAUGUCUACUUAGGCCAGUGACAGUCACACCUCAGUCAUUCCUAAGUGUUCAAUCCUCCACAUUCCAACACGAUGUUCAACCCCUUUAUUUCUCUUUUAAUUUCACCAUACUGUCAUGUACAAGGCAGUACUGGAAUCAUUUUUUUCUCUCAGUUUAAACUUGAAUUCAUGUUUACCAAAUCUAUUACCAUUAGCAAAACCAUCAUCCGUGACCCCAUCGUAUGGAUGUUCUCCUCUCCCUUCAGCCCCCUUGUCAUCCAUGAAGAGCACACGACUACAGCCCUGGUUACAGACAAUAAUCAGUGGACCCCGAUCAGGUACUACACUUGUACUUAACUACUAGCUGAAACACGUGGAGUGUUACCUUCAUCUCCCAGGUGUGACUGACCACCACCAAUAGAUGGUUGACAAAAAUGGGAAUGUACACAGGGGUAAAGGGACAGAGGCACCUUGUUUAUUUCAGGAGGUUGAGGCCCUCUUCCUCUCAAUGCCUCUCAGAUGGUAUUUUAUGUUCUUCUCUGUGGAUAUUUAGAUGUUGUCAAUGUUGUUGUUUUUCUGUUGUGUGAGACAGAAACUGUGUGUGUGUGUGUGUGUUAGAAUCAGUUGUCUCCACCUUGAAGGCAUAUUUAUGUCACAUGUAUUGUGUAAGUCUAAAGAAAAUAAAUGAAUGGGAAAUAAUCA